GUCGGCCUCUGACGCCGUCGUUGCCCUCGGGGUCGGCUCUCGCCCGGGUCGCUCCCGCCGACCGUUGGGCGCCCGGUCGAACGUCCUCCCUCAGGCCCUCCCACACCCUAGGAACCGCUCUGGCGGCGGCGACCCAUGUGGGGGUUCGGGCUCCUGCGGUCGCCGCAGCUGCUUCUCCUGCUGCCGCAGCUCGGAAUCGGAGUCGCAGCGUUCAGCUCUCAGGCCAGAACCAUGAACCUGGGCGGCAGCAGCAGCCGCAGCGGCGCGCUUUGCUCCCCGUCAGCCGAGCGGCGCAGGCAGCAGUGCGUGCAGCUGUCCGCGGUGCCGGGAGCCGACCCGCAGCGAGGCAACGAGUUGGUCCUGCUGGCGGCGGCGGUGGCGGCCGCCGGGGAGGGACCGGAACGGCGGGACCUCCAUGGGGACCUGGCGAAGGAGGAGCCGCAACCACCGCCCCAGCAUCACGUACUCUAUUUCCCCGGGGAUGUGCAGAAUUACCAUGAAAUUAUGACUCGUCAUCCUGAGAAUUAUCAGUGGGAAAACUGGAGUCUAGAAAAUGUUGCCACCAUUUUAGCCCACCGGUUCCCCAAUAGUUAUAUUUGGGUGAUAAAGUGUUCCCGAAUGCAUUUGCACAAAUUCAGCUGCUAUGACAAUUUUGUGAAAAGCAAUAUGUUUGGUGCUCCAGAACACAAUACUGACUUUGGAGCUUUUAAGCACCUUUAUACGUUAUUAGUUAAUGCUUUUAACUUAAGUCAGAAGAGUUUGCUACCAAAGAAGAAUGUGAAAGAUUUGAAUAAGGACGCCAAAGCAUCUAAUUGUAGAUCCAGUUCUUCUCAUACUACUAAUGGGUGCCGGGGAGAAAAAGAGAGGACCUGUGAAAAAUUUGAUGAGUCUGCCAUGAGUUUUUAUCCACCAUCACUAAAUGGUGCUUCUUUUACUUUGAUUGGAUUCAGUAAAGGUUGUGUUGUUUUGAAUCAGUUGCUUUUUGAAUUGAAAGAAGCCAAGAAAGACAGGAACAUUGAUGCUUUUAUCAAAAGCAUAAAAACAAUGUACUGGCUGGAUGGAGGUCAUUCUGGGGGAAGCAAUACUUGGAUUACUUAUCCAGAAGUCUUGAAAGAGUUUGCACAAACAGGGAUUAUUGUUCACACCCAUGUAACACCUUACCAAGUACAUGAUCCAAUGAGAUCUUGGAUUGGAAAGGAGCACAAGAAAUUUGUUCAGAUACUUGGAGAUUUUGGUAUGCAGGUGACUAGCCAAAUUCAUUUUGCAAACGAAGCUCCUUCCAUAGAGAAUCACUUCAGGGUUCAUGAAGUAUUUUGAGACUGCAGUACUAUUAAUGCAGAAGAGCAGAAGCACUUUGUGCUAUAAAUUCAGACAAUGAGAUGUAAUUCAUAGAUGCAUUGUCAGGUUUUUUUUGGUGGGGGUGGGGGGAAGGAAGCACACAUUCCUAAACUAUGAGUGUAAUGUGCAGUAGUGUUCCUUGCUUGUGAAUGUGGAUAGUUUUUAAUUGGGACUGGGUUAGAAUUAGUUUAUUUGAAAUCCAAAAGGUGGUUUGUGAUAAUCCUACAGGGAGAUACACGACCCUUAAGAAUGAAAGUUAUAAUAUAGUCCUUAUAAAAGGCAAUUAAGGUUGUUAUUGUUGGAAAUAGUUUAUUUUCUGAGUAAUGUUUAAAACCAAUUUUGGUGAUACUUUAAGGGUAAUUAGGUAUUUUGGCACUGAAAACUUUUGAGUGGAAACACUGUUUCUCUUCAAACAAAGCGAAGGCACACUGAUGUUCUCCAUCAAUUUGCAAUAACUAUACCCUGCCUCUUAUGUUUAUAAACUUAUGGUGUCAUUCUUCAGUGUGCCAUCAAGUGUUUUUUCUUAAGAGUCAAAAUGUAUUUGUUUCCACAUAUCUAAGAAUGUGCGGUAGUAUAAAGUUAGUUUUUAAAAAUACUACACUUAAGCACUGUGGCUUAAUUUUUAAUUGACAACUUUUGGAUAAGACAUUUUGGAGUUUCUUGCAUUUUGGCAAAAAACCAGUUCUUUUGGAAAAUUGUUUCAAAUUGAACAUAAUUAUGUAUACUGGGUAAAAAUAUAGUACAGAUUUAAAAUUGUUUCAUCCUAUCAUCUUUUGAAAGAGGGCAACUUAGGUAAAAUAUAAUACUCUAUUUGGUAGUGCCCUAUUGAAAAGGAGACAGAUUCCAUAGAACUAAUUCAUUAUUUCUCCUGAAGCAUGAUUUUGUCUGCCCAAAGAAAGCAUCGCUCCUUGGCCAAAAUGUACAAUUAUAUUGCUAUAUGAAAAGUUGAAAGAGAAAGUUUGAAGACACAAAUGAUUUAAUUUUGGCUCAAAGACUGAAUUUGCUUAACACUGCUACAUAAUUUGGGUGAGGUUUCCUUCUGCCCAUUUUUCUUGACCUAGAUAAAUACAUUUUGAGAAACCAAGAUCUAAUGAAUGUCAACUAACUGAAAGAUUACAAUAAAAGGUUAGUGGCCUUUUUAAAAAUUGUUUAUUAAUAAUUAGCUUUUGCAGGUCAUGAAAUAAUUAAGCAGGGAAGUAACAUGCUGCUUUCAGACUGAAAAAGAAAAAAAGACUGAAGCUUAAUAUCAAUAACCCAGAGGGUCUAAAUAUGUAAAACAAGUUAAAAUGUUAAUUUCUUGGUUUCGUCCCAGAAUUAUAUUUUAAUGACUCUAUAAAUAUAUUCCAAAUAUUCAGACUUAUAAGAAAGGAUUUUUACUUACCAGAUGCUUAAAUUCUAUGAACUUCAGAAUAGUAUCUUUCAAUGGUUUUUUCUUAAGGAUGAAGUACAGUAGUUUUAUAUUGCUUCGGUUUAAAUACCUGCUGCUUCUUUUGAGACCCAAAAUUCCCAACAAGGAAACAAGUCAGCCUGAUUCUAACAUUUGAUUUAUUACCUGGUCUUAAAGCACCAUUAUUGAUUGGAUGGCUUCUUUCAAUACGUUUAAUAAUCCUUGGUUAAAUUUAUGUGUAUCUAAUGUAACAUAGCUAAGUUACUGAGUACUUUAAUGAGGGGGGAAGGAAAGGCAUUUAUUUCUACAGGAUUAACUAAAAUGGAAAAUGUAUGACUUUUAGCAGAAAGAUUCAUUUAAAAAUCUGAGAUAUUUAAAAUAUGGUCCUUGUAGCUAUCCAGUCAUGUAAAUGCUUAAUUGUAAUUGUUAUAUGUUGAAUGGAUAUUAAGAAUAACUCUCUGGGACACCUGGAAUUGCCAUUGCAUCAAAAUGAGACAGUGUUGAAAACUAAAAAUAUUUUCUUUAAUGAAAAUAUAUUCACGUUGAUCCAUAUUCAAAUAUUUGUUUAAUACUUAAAAUUUGUUCUUCACAUUUGUUUAAAACUAUUAUAAAUGUUAGUGUAUCCUUUGGAUUGUGGCUUUGUGUUUGUGUCAUGAAAGAGUCAACUGAGAAAUGUAGUCAAACAAAUAAUGUGAAAGUUGUUACCGCCACAGCAUGAAUGUACAGUUGUAUUAAAUUUAAUCCACAGAAGUCUGUUUGGAUGUGCUGUUUGUUACUAGAUUUGUUAAAACUUUAGAUCGUUAUUCAGAAGGAAGCGAUUUCUCUCCACUUUGCCAGUUUGGGUGUGUGUGUGUUUUCAUUAACCUCCAUGUUUUUUCAUACAGGCAACUUUGAACCUUGCCUAUAAAAAUACAUCUCUUCUUUCCUUUAAAUUGCUCCACAGAAAAUAGCAUCAUUUCCUUCUGUUGGAUUUCCUAGACAACAAAAUCUCUCAAAAAUAAGUUCUUCCUUUUCUAUGCUAAUCAUCUGUAUUCCUUUAGCUGUCAUCAAGAGACUUGGUUAGAAUAUGGUGUGAUCUGUUCUUCAUUUCAUUCAAGC